AACGCAUUGAAGUGUAACCAAACGCACUAGCUCAGGAGUCAUUUAAAGUGUAGAAAGAAAAAAAGAAACCGGUUUUUAUCUCGGCAAAGACACGCUCGAGAUUGAAACCACGAUCAGUUCAUAUGAACUUUUCCUACCUUGACGGUUACAUCAAAGGAUUUACCUGGAUUACUUGAUCUUUUUUUAAAACAAACAACGAAACAUGACUUCUGCUGUUAUUAGCGUGCUGACGGCGACGUUGUUGCUACUGGUGAGGCACCCGACAGAUGCGCAGUACCGCCGCAACCGUGCUUAUUGGCCCAACGACGAGUACAGGGCAUACCACGACCAAGCGAUAUUCGACUAUGACGACCCAGACGCGAUCGAGGAGAUGUCAGAUGAUGACUACUUGGAAUACUGCGGCAACAUGCCGGCUGACGUCGUCUUCCUCUUGGAUUCCUCCAACAGCAUCUGGGGUCCGGACUUCCGACGACAGCUCCACUUCGUGAAGAACGUCGUGUCGAUGUUCAUGAUCGGCGAGAACGCCACACGGGUGGGUGUGGCCACGUUCAGCAAGCACGCCGACCCUCAGUUCUACCUCGACUCCUUCUUCAACAAGCGGGACAUGCUUCUGGCCAUAGGAGACAUCCAGGAGACGCCAGGGUACGCGACCAACACGGCGCAGGCGAUCCGCUUCAUGAGGAGGAAGAUGUUCAGCAAGAAGUUCGGGGCCAGGAAGGGUGUGCCCAAGGUGGGCAUCGUGGUCACGGACGGGCAGUCGAACAACAUCCUCAAGACGGUGUGGGAGGCGUCUAAGGCCAAGAGGAACCGCAUCAACAUCUUCGCCCUCGGAGUCGGCUCCAUGACCAACAUCCGAGAGUUGACGGGCAUCUCGAGCAAGCCGUCGAUGAAGUACUUCUUCCAGGUCGGCGGGUACGACGCUUUGGACUCCAUGAAGGAAAAGCUGGCCAUACGGACGUGCCAAAUCACUGGAAAACCCACAAGAAGAACAACAGCUAAAGCGAGGGUUACCACAACCACAACCACCACCACCACCACGACUACACCCAAGCCAACAACCACCACGACGGAACCUAGUACAACAACGCUUAGUAAGGUAACUGAGAUAUGUGCUGGGAAAAUGGUCGACAUUGUCUUUGCACUGGACUCGUCUAACAACAUUUCCCCGCAAGAGUUUUGGAGUCAGGUUCGAUUUGUGCGAGACUUCAGCAAACGGUUAGACAUCGCCCCCAAUGCCACACGGGUGGGCCUCAUUGUCUACACAGACCAGGUCCUCGAGGGCUUCGAACUGGACACCUAUAGCAACGGAAAGGAUGUGGCCAGCGGUUUGUUGAACGUCGAAAGAAGUGCCGGCGGCACGCGGAUCGACGAAGCACUCAGAUAUAUCAGGACGAGAAGCUUCCGCAGAAGCAUCAGCAGGAGAGAAAGUCCGCAGGUAGUGAUAAUGCUCGCGGGAAGCAAGUCCUACGACUUGCACAGGACGAAAAAGCAGGCAGCCAUGGCUAGAAAGAGUGGUGUUAAAGUAUUCGCAGUUGGAGCCGGGGAGGAGGUCAGUGACGAGGAGCUGAAGGUCUUGACGCAUGGGCAGAAGGGCAGAAGUAUGUACAGGGUCAAGGACUUCAGUCACUUAAACGAUUUACUGCCCGAGAUGGUCGAGGAAACGUGUUCGGUCGAGCCAUCCGAAAUGCCAGUUGCUGAUCAACCUUGCGGCUACCGACAAGAGGCUGACAUGAUGUUCGUGCUGGACAGUGUGAACGCUGGGAGAAAGAACACGCGGAAGUCCCUGGACUUCAUCAAGACGAUUGCGCGCAAUGUGGACAUGGACCAGAACAAAGUCCAGAUCGGACUCAUGUCCGCCGAGUGCCAGGCACCCACGGACGGGUUUUCUCUGGGAACCCACAAAGGAACCGAGGAGGUGGUGCAGGCCCUGUCCGAGCUGAAGGGCACGGACUUCUCCAGCCUUCUUAAGGACAUGAGGCGGUCGUCGUUCAACAAGAAGAAAGGAGGUCGCCACGAGGCCAAGAAAGUGGCCGUGCUCGUCGUCGACGGCAACCUGGAUGAGCCAAUCAAAGCGCUACGCGAGGCUCAGCACGCGCGGAUUCGCGGCGUGGAGGUGUACGUGAUCGCCGUGGGCGACGAGGUGCCGCAGAAGGAGAUGAUGAUGAUGUGCGACGCCCCGUCCAAGCAGCACUUCUUCCACGUGAAGAACUAUGACGAGCUCAAGGCCCUGCAGCCCAAGUUGAUGGACGUUCUUUGUGAUGAGCUGUAAACAGAAGUGAAGUUGGAGUCUGGAAUAUGUCUGGUCAGAAGAGUUUUCGGGACCAGAAGAAUGACUGACGUUAUGUUUAUGAGGACAGGAUGACAGAUUCGCCAUGGAAAGUGUUGCAGCAGGUUAAAAAUGAAGCGUGGAUUGUAGUUGUUCCUGUCGAAUGGAAUUAAUUUAACUUUUAGAGAUCCUUUUCAUUCCAUUUCUGUCCAAGUCAGUUGAAAAAUCAACUUGCGUGGAACAAAGAUUCAAUUUAAAUUACAUCAUUUGAUAUUCGGCAGUUGUGAAUAAAACAGCAGGUAUUCAAUGGUUUUAUUCCUGUUCUGGACAGAAGAGCCGGCCAAGGCCGGCACCUGUGCCCAUGUCAGGCGUGCGUCUGAAUGUGCACGUAAAACUCUAUGACCUGUCAUGACCUAAUGGUUUUAUUUCACAAGGAGUGAAAUUGUAACUUUUAACUCGAACCGUAUAAAUGUAUACAUGUUAAUGGACUUCAAUAAUAGAACUUGGCCACCAUUUGUUAAAAUCCGACUAUGGAAUCUCAACCUUUGCAUUAACCAUGUAACGUGCAUUAGUCAGCUGAAACAAGUGGACGUGAGUGAUAUUACUGAGUGAUAGUACUGAAUGAUUUCAAGCUUUUUUGUCGAUAGCUUUAAUCUAUACUGUUGUGGCACAGACGUGGCAGAAACUGACCUGAAAUUCUUUGUCUGAAGUUCAAACACACUGAUUUUUUUAAACGUGAAUUCUAUUUCCAUCCGGUGAUUACUUCAAUUAGUAUCUAUGUUAGGGUUUUUUUUUCUCUCCUCAUUUGUUCCUUAGAGAUUCUGCCAAAAGAAACCAAAAGCAUAUUGUUUCUAUUCUUCUUGGAAUUGUGUGCCAAAAGCCUUUCUUCUAAAACUCCCUUCAAGCUCUCUGCGGCUCCUAAUUAGUCUGUGUGGUAUGGAUGCUUUGGAGGUCUGACCUGCACGUGGGGCGUGCACGCUCGGGUUGGUGGAAGAGACACGUGUCUCACGCGGGCUGCUGGCAGACGAACACAGGUUGUUGGGUGUGUGCAAUAAAUUAAUUGCUUGGUGAAAUAACUACAAGCAGGUUGGUCGCUUCGUGGCGUGAAAUAACUAUGUGUUUAAUUGUGUGCUUAAGUGUCUGGACUCUUUGUUUUAAUGAUAAUUCCUGAAUAUGCCUGUGUCGUACCUUCGCCAUUUCAUAUUCUGUAUCAUAUAUCACUCAAAUGUAAACUAGUCUUUUCGUGUAAAAGAUGAUUUUAUAUAAGAAUAAUAUGUUAAAAAUCAGUGAGAAACAAAGGCUGAAAAAGAGAUAAUUAUUUCAGUUAUUUUAGACACGUAGAUGAUUGUUACAAAAUGUGUCCAUACAAAGUGUCUUUUCCCUUUAUUUGCAUUAUUAUAUCUACUUGUAGUAGAAACUUAAGUUCGAUUAAGAGAGAGGCUGAGAGAGAGAGAGAGAGAGAGAGAGAGAGAGAGAGAGAGAGAGAGAGAGAGAGAGAGAGAGAGAGAGAGAGAGAGAGAGAGAGAGAGAGAGAGAGAGAGAGACAGACAGACAGACAGACAGAGAGACAGAGAGACAGACGGACGGACGGACGGAGACAGAAAGACAAAUAGAGCGAAAGAGGUUUGUACGAGUACAGAGAGAGAGGGUAGUUGUAUACGAAAACGAAAUGGUAAAAUACAAAACGACGUAGGUACGAAACUACUGACAUAAGUGGACGCUUCCAGACAUACUUAAGCACACGCUGGUGUAGGAAACCUAUUUUGUACAUAAAUUUGGAGUUUGACUAACAAGCAAAUUGAAACAACAUGAUGUGGAAAGAGUUGCUUUGUUUCUGUUUUUGUGUAUUGUUUUUAAAUCGUAACUGUUAAAAUGUAAAUUACGCUUAUAGUUGCUUCCCUGCAGACUGUUUAGGGUAUGUGCAGCUGACAUUAAUACACAGAAAAAAACACAAGACGCACCUAGACGUGUAUAGAAGCUGUGUUUGUUUAUGCGAAAUUAUUCCUGGUGUGGUUAUCGUUAACUCAGUGCCACGAUCACACGUAUUAUUAUUCUACAUGUUUAUGUAUCGUUUAUAUUCUUGCUGUUGCUGCUUUCUGUUAACCAAAGACUGGUUAUAUACUGACGUCCAAAAGAAACUAUACCAUUACUCCGAGAGACUACUGAAGAAAAACCCAAAUAUAUUGCAUGUUUAAAACAUAUGUUGUGGAAAAAAAACAUUUAUUCCAUACAAGAAGAAAGAUAUUUAACCACCCUCGUAUUUCCAUUAUGCAAAUUAAAAAGGAAAUUAAAUGAAAUUUUCUUGAUAUAAUUUCUUUUGGACGUCAGUAUAGUAUUUGGCGUUAUUGAUGUGAUACUGAGACUAGCGAUUAUCAGGUUGAUGUCGUUAGAGAAAUUGGUGAGGAAUACACCAUUCAACAGUGCUGAGCUUUCUUCCUUUUAAAUAUUUGACCAGAGUAAAUAUCAUGGUGAGAUGUUUAAUUGUUUUUAUUUGUUAGGUGUUUGAGGGAGGGUUUUUUCUUUCUUUCUUUUUUUAAUUGUACUUUAUUUAUCUUUUUAUAUUAUAUUCUGUUUAAUUUAUUUUAUUCAUAUCUUCCGACGCCAUAUAACCGUAAAUAAAAAUGUGUUGAGUGCGUCGUUAAAUAAAACAUUUCCUUUUAUUCACAUCAUUCAACUAAGAGUUAUAACGAUGAAUUUGAAAAUAGUAUCUAUAAUUCAAUAUAUGUUUAAGCACACUGCUCUGGGCAUGCAUUUGAGUUGUCUUGUCAGUCUGACCAGGAUAGAGUUUACUUGGUCAGUAUUAAAAAGCCCCACCCGAUGCCUUCUUUUGUUUUGUAGUAUGGCAAAAGUAUUUUGGCAACAGACCUAGUUCAUGAUAUACUAGUGAUUCGAUUUUUGUUUUAAUUAAUAUAUUUUAUUAUUACUUUUUUUGUGCUGUUAAUUUAAUUAAGUUCAGUUCAGUUUAGUUUAAUUCAAUUCAGUCUAAUUCAGUUCUAUUCAAUUCAAUAUGUUUUCGUUGUGUGGUUUUUGUUUUGUUGGCUUUCUUUGUUUGUUUUGUUGUUGUUGGGUGGGUUGUUGUUGGGGGUUGGGGGACUGUACUUUACAAUAGGUUUUUUUUUUCAUAUGAACAGUAAAGGUAAUUUCGAUUUUGGAGCAGUCGUAAACAAAAGACUUCGUCCCCUUUAGCUCAAACUUUGCCGGUUUCUUUAACGACAAUAACCCUGAGAAUGAUUUAACUUGUAGAACCCAAUGCAAUUUUUACAUGUAUUUCGUAGUGUUACAACACUGCUUAGUAUAAUAUAAUAACAGUCAGGUUAUGUUUAUAACUUUGAUUUAGGAAAAUGGAGGUGCUAUGUUGUUUAUUGUUUGUAAAUAUUUAUGAACGAAAUUGCACUAUUAAAAGGAUGUUCAACUGUGUGUGAAUAAAAGUAUUCGUUAGUCCACAUCCUUUCGCUUUUAUCCACUACGCUUAGGCUAAACACAGACCAAAGCAAACACACACACACACACACACACACACACACACACACGCAUGUACAAGUUGUAGGAUUUUAACGAGGAACUUGCUAUGUAUUUGUAUAGUCUAAAUGAUGUGUUUUCUCGACUAGUAAAAUGCAGCAGAAAUUAAACAAAGGACAGUCUUAGUCUGCUGAAUAAUAUGUUAAAUUAGCAUGUGUUUUCUGAAGGAUGAUGUUUGCAAAAAUAGUUUGGGGAUUGGUGAGGUUUGAGGUUUCACUCCAAUAGCUAUAACGUAAUGAGGCGUGUUGUUUCAAAUCUAACAUUUUAACCACGUCGUCAUGUUGCGGAUCAGUAAACUACUGGUACUUACUGAUCUUUACGUAUGAAGUCAGGAAAUUCCUAGUACUUACUGAUCUUUACGUAUGAAGUCAGGAAAUUCCUAGUACUUACUGAUCUUUAUGUAUGAAGUCAGGAAAUCCUUAAAUAUGAAGUAAGGACAUGCCUGGUACUUACAUAUUCUUGGCUAUGAAGUCAGGAAAUGUCUGGUACUUAGUUAUCCUUAUGUAUGAAGUUCAUAAAUCCGUGGUAAAUAUUAAUCCUCGUAUGAAGUCAGGAAAUUCCUGGUACUUAUUGAUCCUUAUGUGUGAAGUCAGGAAAGUACUGAUCCGUAUACAGAUGUCAGGAAAUUAACGAUUGUGUUCAUUCUGGAGGUCACAAAACUACUGAUUCUGGAACAAGAGAAGCAAUAAUUGUGAAGGUCAUUAAUCUAUUGAUCCUGAUGGACGUUAAUAAAAUAUUGUCCGUAAGGACCCAUAGGUUUCUGACCUACAGCAGAAUGCAUUAGUUGAUGCAAAACAUUAUUGGUACCAAUGAUGGUUAAGAACAGGCUUUAUACAAAGCCUAUACAUUUUCAUAAACUCGGGAAACGUCUGGUCAUGGUAGGAAGAAGAAGAAGGAAAUAUGGUUAAGAACCAUACAGAUAUUGAGAGAGGAAACCCGCUGUCGCCACUUCAUGGGCUACUCUUUUCGAUUAGCAGCAAGGGAUCUUUUAUGUGCACCAUCCCACAGACAGGGAUAUACCACGGCCUUUGAUAUACCAGUCGUGGUACACUGGCUGGAACGAGAAAUAGCCCAAUGGGCCCACCGACGGGGAUCGAUCCCAGACCGACCGCGUCCCGCCCCUGGUCAGGGUGGGAGUCUAAUGAUUAUAUUAUGGGACACAAUUCUGUUGAUCCUGUAUGACGUAAAACACCUGAUCUUCAGGGGGAGUUCAAACGUGUUGCAUUUCCAUUUAUAGGAUUUUUAUUUUUAAACUCUUCAUCGUUUGAGACUGCUGAGUACUGAAUGAUUUGUCCUAACAUGCCUGGCUUCUUUUUAGAACACAGUGGAUAUUGAAUGUGAAUGUAAACAUGUUACCUGAAGAAGUAACUGUAAAUAUAAAUUAAUUUUAUAGUAGUUGUACACGUUAGUAGUACAAUCAAUUUUAAUUGUUAUUGUUGCUUUGGUUGUAAAAUACUGUACUAAGCUUGUAUAUUAGUAAUAAAUUGUUAUUUUUUAUUCCAUG